AUGUCGUAUGGGAUUUGCCAAAAGGACGUUGCUAUUGCAUUGGAUCUGAAGAUGCCUUUCUAUAGUGAACCAGCUGUUUUCGCCGCUCUUCUCUUCGCAGUUCAUCCGAUUCACUGUGAAGCGGUGGCUGGCGUUGUUGGACGAGCUGACGUUCUUGUGGCCAUAGCAGUACUGGCUGGCAUUCUUUUGUACUACAAAACUCAGAGUGCGGCUGUAGCAGCUAUCUGUACAGUUGUCGCCGUUUGUUUCAAGGAGACCGGGAUAAUGUUACCACCAUUGCUCGUCGUUUUCCUUCUACUAAAGCCUUCAAAGGUAUCGAGACCGUCGUUAGAUUAUGGUAGCGCUGCCCUGCCGGUCUCUCACUUGCCCGUUGUGUCUCGUUUUUCGUGUCUCGUUUUAUCUACCGCUAGAUGUCCUUGUCCUUGUAAUAUCCAAGGUGUCGUCUUUAACGCGUGA